UUUUUAUAAUUUUUACUUAUUAAACAUCGGUUGAUGUAAAAUAGGAAUCAUGUCAACAAAAAUAAAAUGGAAAAAGCAUAUUUUAUUAAUCAAUUUUUAUAUCCUUUGACCAGGUUGUUUUAAAAAAAUUAAAAAAAAAAUCCUUUGACUAGGGGUAAAAGAGUCAUUUGGUCCUCUCUGUCGACAUGGCAACUUUAGCUAUUUUCUAUCCUUUUUUUCGAACACAAAUAAGUGGAGGCUAACGGUAACUUGAUGGCGGCAGUCUGUCAUUAUUCAACAUUCUAAAAUUGCAAAAAUCUGGUUUUUCCUUUCCUCAACCAACAUUCAAACACAAGACAAAAUAAUCAUGUUGGUUGAUCCGCAUCACUUUGAUGGCUACCCUGUCCAUUCCCUCUCCUCCUCUUCGCUUCACGACGUCGAUUACAGCUGUGGUUCAUGUGGGUAUGAUCUCAACCUCAAUUCAUGUAAUCGUAAUACCUCUGUGAUCGGUUCAAAGUACUACGGAAAAUCUAUCAAAAAGGGCAUCAUUUCUUUCUUGUCUAUAGACGAGACAAGGUUUAGUCGAACCCAACAGCUUAGGUGCAAGCCUUAUUUCGAGUCAGCUCGUUCAUGGGGGAUAUUUCAGCGAAGAACUAAACUGUUAUGCCGGAAAUGUGGCAACUAUGUUGGAAAUGAUCGUAAUUUUAGCAACUUUGGCCGUUCUCAUUCUUCCAAGCAGAAAGAUAUAUCCCCUGAUACCACAGGUUCAUGGGGAUGGAAUGGGGAUUCAGAUGCAGCCGGGACUUAUGAUAUCAGGAUUCGCGCUCUGCAGCCUUCUUCUUGUGACGAAUCUAAUAUUUUCAGCAAUGAUAUAUGAAUCAAAUAAUCUGUCAAU